AUGAAGACGAUUCUGCUCCGAGAGGUGGACGUCCACGCCGCGCGCGUCAUUGCCCCCGACAGACAGAGGCCCUCUUCUGUCUACGUGUUUGCCCUCCGGCCGCGCUAUUGCAGCCACCGCGACGCCGUCGGACCCGUUGCUCGACGACAGGACUUGGACCGCGUCGAGUUGACGGCCGAUUCCCGCCACGUGCCAGUGAUCCACGAGGUGCGCCGCACGUACAGUCAGUGCCGCACACUGUCUCGGGACCUCCAGCGCUUGACCGACUGCAAGAAGGACCGCGCGUGCUGCUGUGCUCGGGGGUCGUGUCUUUUCUGGUCGCUGUCGUUCGUGCUCGACGGCCUCAAACUCCCCAAGCGGACGACGCUGUUCCGCCGUACGAGCGACGCGGCCCACACAACGCUCGCGCUCAAUGCGUUCGUCGGCUCAGUGCUGUCCCACCUGCGGACAAACUACCGCGUCGACCACUUUCGCAACGACGACGAGCGCCAGUCGGACGUCCGCCCGUGCAAAGUGCUCCACCGGCUCUGCCAGUUCUUCGAACUCGACCAGACGCACGUGGCGCAGCGGCUGCUCGAGAGCACCGACCGCCGCGCGUGCAAAAUGAAUCUUCGCGGCUGGCAGUCCGACCGGUGCAAUUUGUACUUCCAGUCCGAGACCACCGACGGCGGCGGCGACGCUCGUGGCGGACGCGACCCCACGUCGAUGGACUUGUCGCACGCGCCGGUCGCGUCCGACGUGGACGAGAAACAGGCGACGACCGCUAAUACGUCGGACGACGACGGCCAGUGGUCGGCCUGA